AUGCCUCCUCAUAGUGAUGCUCCCUCAUCAGCGAGGUCGUCUUUCGACAAUCACUUAUACAAUCACAACCAAUGGCACUCAAGUACUAUGAAUAGCAACUUCACAUCAGCCAAUGCCUCAUCACCCGCCACCAGCGCUUCCACAGAAGAUGAUAUCCAGACCUCACGUCCUCUUAUUCCUGGCGUCUACGUCCCAACAAUGUGUUUCUUCGACUCGGAAACAGAAGACGUCGACACCGCUACAAUUGCCGCCCAUGCUGUGAGACUUGCUCAGGCUGGUGUAACGGGAAUUGCUACGCAGGGAUCUAAUGGAGAGGCUGUUCACCUCAGUCAUUCGGAGCGGCAGCUGGUCACCGCCACUACAAGAGCCGCCCUGAAUGACGGCGGCUUCUCGCAUGUGCCCAUCAUCGUGGGAUGCGGUAGCCAGAGCACGCGCGAGACCGUCGAAUAUUGCCGUGAGGCUUGGGAAGCUGGCGGUGACUAUGCGCUGGUCCUACCUCCGUCCUACUAUGCCACGUUAUUUGGCCCGGCAUCAGCAACCAUCCUGGAGUAUUUCACAAGAGUCGCAGACAAGUCUCCUAUCCCCAUAAUCAUAUACAACUUUCCUGGCGCUGUGGAUGGCAUGGACAUGUCCUCAGAUACUAUCAUCACUCUCGCACAGCAUCCUAAUAUUGUAGGCGUCAAGUUAACGUGCGGCAACACGGGCAAGCUCAACAGAGUAGCCGCAGCAACUCGCAAAGUCUCAAAGCAUAACCCAACCCAGCCCGAGUUUCUCGUCUUGGCAGGCUCAGCUGAUUUCCUCAUUCCUUCUCUGGCUGGCGGAGGUCACGGUAUCUUAGCAGGCUUGGCCAACAUUGCUCCGAGGGCAUGCAUCAAGACUAUGGAACUUUACUUGGAAGGACAUGUUUCCGAAGCACAAAAGAUGCAGGAAGUUGUCUCACAGGGCGACUGGACGGCGAUUCAGGGCGGUGUGGUCGGUGUAAAGGCCGGACUACAGGCGUGGAUGGGUUACGGAGGCUUUGCACGAAGUCCACUGCCAAGACCGGACACAGAGCAGGCGAGGCGGUGGAAAGAAGGGUUUAGAGACCUUGUGAUGCUGGAGCAAUCGCUCUCCUUGUAA